AUGACAAUUUUAUAGCCAAAAACAAUAUAAAAGGCACUUCUGCCGAUACUGACCAUCAUGGCUCAGAAAUCAAGAAAAAAACUAAACUGAAGCAGACUAAUUUGCAAAUAGCGGCACUAACUACACCGCAGCAUCGGAUCCAAGAUAGCGCUGGAUACGAGCGACCAGACUUCCAUAUUAGCAGCUCAUCAGAAUCAUCAAUCCAGAGGAUGCUUUAUGAGUUGCAAACAAACAUGCAGAUGGAACUUGCAAAAUUAGCCAAAGAUAUCAGAACAGACAUACAGGCGAUUGGUGAACAAACAGCCCAGCUGGAGUACAAUACUGAGAAAAUUAUUUGGGCCCCCAACACCCUCGCGGCGGCCUCUGAGCACAUUGAAGCGAAACUGGAAGCUCUCACUACCAAAGUAGCUGACCACACUCGCUGUAAUAAUAUCUGUCUCCGUGGCAUUCUAGAGGACGUCAAGCCUUCUGAGCUGCAAAACUACGCUUUGGCCUUUUUCAAGGACUUAGUCCCCAAACCUAUCUGA